GCAAUGGCGAUAUUGUAAAAGUAAACGGAAUUUUGAUGUGUUGUCGCCCCCUAGUGGACAUUUUUGUCUUUGAGUAAAGCUGCGUUUAGGAAACUAAAUUAAAUCACGUAAAUUCCAUGAAUCCACUCAGAUCACAGAGACGUAACGCGAAGAUAAGCGUGUGUGUAUGUGAUGUAUGAACGUGAUGACCUGGAGCACUGUUCUCUUCCGCGUCAGUGAGGCGUUCAGGAACACCCGGACUUUAAACAUCCAGGCUGCUAAAGUACUCCACUUCCUCAAACUGCAGAUAGUUUGUUUUGGUGCUUUGGAUCUGCGGCGGAGCAGCGGCUUGGUUCCGAUUCGGCCCAGAGGAGGGGGGCACCAUGGUGUUUGAGGACAUCCAGUACGAUGAUAUUCUGUUCGAGGCGGCUGUGGGCAGAGGGACCUUCGGUGUGGUCUUCAAGGCUGUUUGGAGAGGAAAAGAUGUGGCCAUCAAGACCAUCGAGAGCGACGCAGAGAGGAACGCCUUCCUGGUGGAGCUCCGGCAGCUUUCCCGGGUCAGUCAUCCCAACAUUGUGAAGCUGUACGGCUCCUGUGACGACCCGGUUUGUCUGGUGAUGGAGUACGCAGAAUGUGGCUCUUUAUACAACCUCCUGCACAGCGCCGACCCGCUGCCUCACUACACGGCCGCCCACGCCAUGAGCUGGUGCCUGCAGUGUGCGGACGGCGUCGCCUACCUGCACAACAUGAAGCCCAAAGCGCUGAUCCACAGAGACCUCAAACCGCCAAAUCUGCUGCUCGUUGCUCGGGGAACGGUGCUGAAGAUCUGUGACUUCGGAACGGCGUGCGACAUCCAGACCUACAUGACCAACAACAAGGGCAGCGCCGCCUGGAUGGCUCCCGAGGUGUUUGAAGGCUCGUGUGCCGAUGGAACGAUUCACAGCAAUCGCAGCGACGACGCCAAACACAGAUCUGCAUCUGGCGGCGAGGAAACGCUGCAGAACACUGAGAACAGAAUCCCGCUGCAGCCCAGAACUCCAAAGGCUCGGUGGGCCGCUGUCUCCAGAACCUCCAGUUUGGAGAGUCAAAGCUCCGCACACUUCAGCAGCUCUGUCAGCACCUGCAGCCAAUCAGAGCUGAGGAUGACCAUUAGCCCGACAGGUACCGAGGGAUCAGAAAGCCCGGUUCCCUCCGUCUACCUGAAAUUGGACCAUCAGUUACAGCCUUUGGCUCCUUGUCCAAACUCCCAUGAGUCCAUGAUGGUGUUUGAGCAGCACAUACGAAUGGCUCAGGAUUAUCUGAGAGUCCAAUCCGAGAUCGCACACCUUCUGAACAGGAAAGAGGAGCUCAUGGCGGAGCUGGAGCAGGAGCAGAAGGAGCAGCAGACCUCUUCACGCCUCAUACAGGAACACAACAAGCUGCUGGAGGACAACAGCAGCCUGUCAGCCGUCUGCCGGGACCUGAGGAGCAGGCUGAGUCUGAUCCAGAGUCAGAACCAGCCCUACAGCUGAGACCCAGCAUGUUCCUGCCUCUGAUUCUGCUCAGAUGUAACGUAUUGGGUCCAAACCUGCAUCACCCUGGACCUGUUUCUUCAGCAGCUCACCAGCCGUCUGUAAUGGAGCCGGUCCAGAGCGAAACUGAUCCUGAGGUGAACAGAUGAACUUCACAGUUAGAUCUGAAGGAACUGAUCAUCCUCAGAUCAGCUAAAGAACUACAGAUCUAAAAGCUGGAGAAGUGUGAGCACUGAUUUUACUAAAGUUCCCCCACUGAACUUCUUAAAUUAUCUACUUUUUGUAUUUUUAUACUUUUUAUUUUUAUUUUUAUCCUGACUGCAAAGGAGAGAGAAAAAACCCUUUCCUUUACAAAAUGUUGAACAAUUGCUGUAACAAAAUAAAUUUUACACCAAACUUUAUUUACAUUGUGUAAUUCUGUUUUAGACCAGCAGGUGUCACUCUUUCUUAUGGAACAUUUUAAAAUUGAUUCUGUCUCCAGUUUUCUCCUGGAGAAACAAAAACGUUUCAGUUUUCAGUCUGAAAGAGUUAAAAUGUUCUUCUUCAUGGGAUCUUGGAGAAGUUUUUCAGAGAAAAGUUUGAUGCUGGUUCUGAUGGAGUUACAAAAUGUGACGGUUCUGAGUAACUAGUUACAUUUACUCGAGUAACUUUUUGGACAACUUUUUGUUCUGUAAGUGGUUUAUACACUUUUUUUUUUUUUACUUUUACUUAAGUAAUAUUUUUAUAAAGUAUCCCUAAUCUUACUAAUUUCUGGAUACUUUACCCACCAGAAGUAAGUUCGCUAAAUGAAUAACAUGUAUUAAUAAAAACGCCAGAUGCAGCAACAAA